CGACUAUUAUCCAUCUUCUGUUGUUCUUCUCCCGCAGCCCUACCUGGUAGCCUGGUAGUGCGCGGCAAUGGCUAGCACCGCCAACGACGCUCUGCCACCGUUCCCGGACGACGUACCCACCCAUCCUCUGCCGGUCGUAGACUAUGCGCGUAUCAGGGCCGGCGACGAGACGGAACGCGAUAAGCUGUGGAACGCGGCUACCCAGCUAGGUUUCUGGUACUUGAAGAAUCACGGCGUGGAAGAUGAAAUGAACGCACUGUUCGAUCUCGGGAAAGCAUUCAUGGGUCUGCCGCUGGAGGAGAAGAUGCAGUAUGAGGAGGGAGACGAUGGGAUGCAAUUUGGCUACAAAGCAGCUGGGUACCACACUGCCGAUGAGCACGGAACCCUCGACGCCACUGAGUUCCUCGAUAUCGCCAAGGACGACGUACUGGCUUACCCGACGCCGGUUCACCGUACCUAUCCGCCGCUCGUCGCGGACGCUUUUCCGAGCAUCAUAAUACCAUUCGUGCAGAAAUCGCUGGUCGUGAACCAUACGCUCCUUGGCGUAUUAGGUGCGAAGCUGGGGAUGGCACCAGGUGUGAUUGAAGCACUGCACAAGACAGAGGAACGCAGCGGAUGCGUUGCCAGGGUGAUCAGGACGCCUUCGAAAGAAGGUGCACCGGAGGUCUUAGAGGAGCAAGCCUUGCUUGGCGCCCACACCGACUUUGGCUCCUUGUCAUUUUUGCACAAUCGCUUGGGCGGGUUGCAGGUUCUCGCACCCGGCACGGAAAAUUGGCUGUACGUCAGGCCUCUUCCGGACCAUGCAAUCUGCAAUGUCGGAGAUGCGCUCAACAUAUUCAGUGGUGGGCUGAUCCGGUUUAACAUGCAUCGUGUCGUCGCGCCACCCAAGGCCCAGAGCGCAUACGAGCGCUACUCACUCUCCUUCUUCACCCGUCCACACGACAGCGUCGUCCUGCGGCCGCUCUCCGCUGAGAGCCCAGUGGUAGCGGCUGCGGUGGCCACGGGGCAAGUCGGACUGGAAAGUCAACAAGAGGACAGGGGUACGGCAGGCGAAUGGCUUGUGCGUCGCUUGCGCAACUUGCGGACGGCGAAUUAUCAUGGCGUUGAGAGUUACCGCGACCACCUUGGGACAGAGGAUUAUGGCAAAAUAACUCAAGUAGCGACAACGGUGGCGAUGUAGCCGUUUUGCACAGAGGAAUACUCCCAUUACGAUGUUUGCUCUCUCUGGCCAUGAUGGGACUCGGAGUCAAACAAAGACGAAGCCUUGUGCAGGUCGUGCUGUUGUGCAUGAGUAGAUGAUGUCUUCAAAAUCUCAAUCGGUCAAAGAGGAAGACCGUGUACGUCGUCCAAGGCCCGAGUACGUUCAUCUGACUCGGAGACAAGGCUGUAGAUACAGAUUCCAAAGUGAGACUCACAGCAGGGAGGAAAUGAACAAAACCUCAUAGCCC